AUGAUUGAAUGAAUGAAUGAAUGAAUGAAUGAAUGGAUAUUUUUAUGUAUAACUAUUAUUAAAAUAGUUAACAGUAUAGGUUUUUAUGCUGUUUUAUGCAAUUAUGCUGAUCAAUUCUUACUCCCUAUGAUAUAUGCAAAGGCAUCAAAUCUUUCAAAUGAAAAUAGCAAUAAAUUAAUGAGUAAAAUAAUUCUAUAAAUGAUGCAAGAUAUCCAAUCAUAUAAUGCUACAAGACACACAAUUCUGUCAAUAAUUAUCGACUUGUUUUACCUUAAUGUUGCAGAAUAAUGUGAAGUUCUUAGAAAGUUAAAAGCCUAUUUGUUUGCUAUUAUUAAUAUUACUAUUAUUGGUGUUGUUGUUAAUGCUUAAACAAUACAGAGCUGCUUUUAGACCACUUUUAUCCACUUAAGUCAAAUACUUGAAUUGGCCAAAAGAGGGCAUCAAGCGUAAUUCGACAGUCUGGUUGAGCAGGACAGUAAUCUAUAUAACACUGAUGACUGACAAUGAGAAAGUCAUUUACCUCUCGUAUCUUUUAUCAGCAACACGGUAUAACAAGAUGUCUGCUGUGCGCGCUCUCCUUUUGCUGAUAUUGGGAUUUACAGUGCUGAAGUUCAUCUGCUGUUACAGUGAUGGAAGUUUAUUAAAUGACCAGUGUCAAAGUAUGGCUAUAGAUCAUGGAUCACAAGCAUCAGGACAAGAUUCAAACCCUUUCACCGUUGUUCCAGAUAACGUGACAGUGGAUAUUUCGAAAGUGGGAAUGAGCAUCACAGUGACGCUCUCGACUUCUUCUGGUACAUUUAUGGGUUAUAUGUUGGAGGCUCGAGAGUGUGAGAAUUGUCCACCGGCUGGUACUUUUAGUUUGCUUGACUCGGCCAACAGUCUGCUCCUCUGUGGCGACAAGGCCGUGACUCAUCCUAAUAACUUGGAUAAAUCUUCAGUCCAAGUGACAUGGAUGUCUCAAGCCACUGGACAGUUUUUCUUCAGAGCUGCAUUCAUUAAAAAUUACAGUUUAUUUUGGACAAAAAAAGCAAUCAUGCUCUUGACAACAACAACAUCGCAGACGACAAUGUCGCCGCCGACAACAACACAGACAAUGACACAAACAACGCAGAGAACGACACAAACAACGCAGAGAACGACACAAACAAAAAUGCCCACAACUACGCAAACAACAACAAAGACACCUACGAUGCUGCAGAUGAUGACUACAGCCACUACAACAACUAACACCACUGUAACAACUAGGCGUACAACAUUGGUGACGCCAUCAUACCGGUUGCAGUGUGUGCAGUAUAUGAGAAGUGGUGUGGCACUGUUGUUAUUUAGCAGACUUUGUUUUCUUGGAGGCUCUUCUCUCCUCAUGAUCAUCAAGCCAGUUUCAAAGAUGCCCACCCAGAUUGCAUCCAUCAUUGAACUAAUAUCCAAAAUUAUCACUACUGUCCUUGUACUAAUAAAAGUAGUUCAUUACGACUGUGAGAAUGCUGGUUUGCAGUUUGUGUUUGCUGCUUUAAUAGUGAUUGCAAUGAUUACAAGCCUGAUGCACACCAUCACUGUCUUCCUUCACCGCGGACUAAGCCAUGAAUUAAAAUUGUACUGUUCUGGAAAACAAGAAACCCCCAUGGUUCUUGAUGUUUGUCAUUUGUUUAGUGUUUUAUGUAAUGUUUACAGUUGCACUUAUUGUCGGAGUGUCUUUGCUUUGCUUUCAAGCUGGGUCUUCGUGUAUGUUGCUCAAUUAGUCUGUAUACAUAUAUUUGCAUGUAACUUCAUAAGGACCUGCCUGCUUUGAAACGAUUUUUUUUCUCUAGCACAUGAACCAAUUUCUUGCACUAUUUUCUUUUGUAUACAUGUGUCUAUUAAACUUUGUGUGGAUAUGUAUAAUGUACUUUCUGCAAUCUGAGUGGAGGAUACUAAAAAAGCCAUUCUGAAAGGGAAAAAAAACCUUACAAAAUAUGAUGAUGUUUUUAAAUGUUGCUCCCCAAAGUUCAGAUAAUGUCUUAUCAUUUAUGUAACCAUGUCUGUUUCACUUUAUGUUUUAUUUAUUCAUGUCACACCCCGUCACGUUAGUUCUCCUGCAUUCUUUAUUAGUUGUCCCCUUAUCAAUUUUAGUUAAUUGUUUCUUUGUGUGUUUAUACCCUGUUCUGUUAGCCCUUUGCAAUCAGUAAUUUUCUCUGUUAGCCUUGUGAUGUCUGUGUGUGCCCAGGUUUGGUUUUUAUCCUUUAGCUUGCUUUUGUUUAUGUUUUUUUCACUACUUUGUAAUUCCUGUUUACCUGCACUUCUCUAUAAACACACUGAACUGAAUUUGAAUCCUCAUUUCAUCAUUUCCCAUCACUGACGUAACAAUUCACUUUGCUGCUUUACUGUCCUCUGUAAAAUGGACAAUUUAUAACCUUUUGAAAUGAGAAUUGAGCCACUCUGGAUACUUUUACUUCUAAGUGUCCUAAGUAUGUAAAAACUUCUAAAGUUUUUGUUGUUGUUAUUGUUUGUUAUGUUAUUGUUUAUGCACUUGAGGUUUAAAAUGUUUUCAUAUUUAAUCACAAAGUAAAUUUGUCACCUAUAUGAGAGUAUAAUUGUUGUUGUUUUGAGAAUGUAAGCAUAGCGGCCUACAAACUCUGCGAGUGUUGAAGCUGGCUUCUGCUGAUAAAACUACAAACUAUCUUCAGUAAAUUUUAUUCUUUAAUUAAA